AUGUUUUCUCUUUUCCAUUUCUCUCUCAUUUCCAUUUCUCUCUUUUUCUUUCUUUUUUCUCAUUUCUCUCUUUUCUUUUCUCUCUCUUUUCCAUUUCUCUCUCUUUUUCACAUUUCUUUCUUUUUUCAUUUCUCUCUUUUCUUUUCCAUUUUUUCUCUCUCUUUUUCUUUUCUUUCUUUUUCUUUCUCUUUUUCCAUUUUCUCUCUUUUUUCAUUUCUCUCUUUCUUUUUUCCUCUCAUUUCUAUUUUUCUUUCUCUUUUCCAUUUCUCUUUUCAUUUCUCUUUUCAUUUCUUUUCCUCUCUCUUUUAUUUCUCUCUUUUUCAUUUCUCACAUUUUCAUCACUUUUCCCAUUUCUCUCUCAUUUCCAUUUCUCUCUUUUCUUUUCUUUCUUUCUCUCUUUUUACAUUUCUCUCUUUUCAUUUUCUCAUUUCUUUCUCUUUUUCCAUUUCUCUCUCUGCUUUCCAUUUCUCUCUUUUCCAUUUCUCUCAUUUCCAUUUCUCUCUCUUUUCAUUCUCUCUCUUUUCAUUUCUCUUUUUCUCUUUUCCAUUUUACUCUUUUCCAUUUUCUCUUCCUUUUUUCUUUAAUUUUUUCUCUCUUUUUCCUUUCUUUCUUUCUCUUUUCCAUUUCUCUUCUUUUCCCAUUUCUCUUCUUUCUUUCUUUUUCAUUUCACUUUUUCUUUCCAUUUCUCUCUCUUUUCCAUUUCUCUUUUCUUUUUCUCUCAUUUCUCUCUUUAAAUUUCUCUUUUUCUUUUCUCUUUUCCAUUUCUCAUUUUUUCUCUUUUUCUUUCUCAUUUCUCUCUCAUUUCCAUUCUCUCUCUUUCCUUUUUCAUUUCUUCUUUCUCUCUCAUUUCCAUUUCUCUCUCUUUUCCAUUCUCUCUCUCUUUCAUUCUUUCUUUUCUCUUCUCUUUUUCAUCCAUUUCUCUCUCUUUUCCAUUUCUCUCAUUUCCAUUUCUCUCUCUUUUACAUUCUCUUUAUUCCUCUCUUUUUCAUUUCUCACUUUUCCAUUUCACUUUCUUUCCAUUUCUGUUUCUCUUUCUCUCUUUCCAUUUCUCUCUUUUCUUUUCUCUCAUUUCCUUUCUCUCUUUUACAUUCCUCUCUUUUUCAUUUCUCUUUUUUCCAUUUCUCUCUCUUUUCCAUUUCUCUUUCUCUCUUUCCAUUUCUCUCUCUUUUCCAUUCCUCUCUCUUUUAA